AUGAAUUCACAUUCAAAUAUCAAGAUCUUUGUAAUUCUUUCUGGGGCGUGCUAUAUGGCAUCGAUGAAAUGUCCACCGAGCUGGAGCCAAUAUGAUCGAAAUGAUACAGCAUUAUGGAAUGGCAAUUGUAUUCCCCCGCGUAGUAUUUGUGAUGAUGAAUGGAAUGCUAUCGAUGGGAUCAAAUGCUACUUUUCACGAUCCAGCCUGUUCAAAAAAAAAAGUACUCGCUGCAAUAAACUUAAAGAAUGCUCUCGAUAUGGCUCCGAUGAACAAACAUGUCAUGCUCCAGUAACUUCGAAAGAUAAAUAUUCGACGAAGGCUAAGAAAACUGUUGUUAAAAUUAUGAAGUCCCACAACGAAGACUAUGAUUAUACAAUUGAUGAUCAUUUUGUCUGGGCUUGUGAUCGUGGGAUACCAAUCAAAGUAAUAACAUCCAGAACACUACGAUUUGUUUGUCUAUGUCCAUCAAGCUCUUACGGUAGCAAUUGUCAAUAUCAAUCUCACCGUGUAAGCGUUAUCUAUACAAUCGAAAUGGCACUCAAUCCGGCAGUAGAGAAUUUUGAUUAG